AUGCGUAUGCCAUGGUUGUUGCCGCUCCUCGCAGUGCUGGUCGCCGCAUCAGGCGACAGUGACACUCUUUGGGGUGCAUACAGACCCAACCUUUACUUUGGAAUGCGUCCACAAAUACCCCAAAGCCUUAUGACUGGUCUCAUUUGGUUCGGUGCUCAUGAUUACCAGUCAAUCUCUCGAGCACGUCAUGCAUGCUCUCAGGAUGACCAACUACAUUCGUAUACAUGGAAUGUCUAUGACCCUCGCGAAGGCGGCGUACAAACUAUCGAAGAUCCACUCAACAAUGUUCGAAUUACAACAGAGUUCAUCAAGGUUAGCGGGGGUGAAAAUGGUGGCAGUUGGGCGGCUCGUGUCAAAGGAGAACCCAUCGAUCCUUGUAACCGCAAUUUCACGCCCUUCCCUCAUUUGGUAUCUCGGAUUGGAGGGCCUAGGAGGCCUAGGAUAUGGACACAGAUGAAGAUGAAGAUGUCGGGACUCGAUGGCGAAGUCAAAUUCUCUGGAUCGACACCCGAGUUGGACGAGUUCACAAUUCGCAUAGUUGACGGUCCUGAUAAUUCAUACAUCACUGAGGGUCCUCAUGCAUCCGCGUUCUCUGCUCGUGCCGGCAAGACCCAUUACCUAGGACAACCUAUUCCUUCUGGACAUAUCUGGCAGGCACGCGAUUCUAUCCUCCAAACCAUGAUCAAACGAGCCCAAGAUGCUAUUACACCUUAUGCAGACCCGGCGGUUGGACUUCCCGACCCUUCUUUCAUUCUUCAGCUCCCCGAUGAUGUCUACAGUGGCUCCAACCUUUACGCUGUCCAGAAAACAUUUACGGGGCCUUUCCAGUUUGAUGUGUUUUUUGAUAGUGCAUCUGUUACCCAAAAGCUUACCUCUGCCGUUCUGGACCAAGGCAUUCCCUCAUUAACCAAGUCGUAUUCUUCACGCUUCUCUCGUGCCUUCCCCAUUCCUUCCUCGUAUCCAUCCACACCUGAACUUGAAGCCUUUUCACAAGAUAUCACAGCCAACUUGAUAGGAGGUGUAGGAUAUUUCCAUGGCACCUCCAUCAUCGACAGAUCCUUCUCUUUUGAAUGGGACGAAGAUGAUGAAAGUUCUGAUGACGAUAUCCCUCCGGAACAGCGUGGUCCCAAACUUACUGAACCCAAAUCUCUUCUCACUGCUACGCCCAGUCGCAGUUUCUUCCCUCGCGGGUUUUAUUGGGAUGAAGGCUUCCAUCUAUUACAUAUCGGACAAUGGGAUGAUGCUUUAGCACUGGAAAUACUCAAGAGCUGGAUCGACCUGAUCGACGACGAUGGCUGGGUGGGAAGAGAACAGAUUCUUGGCGAGGAGGCCAGAAGUAAAGUCCCACCUGAGUUCCAAACGCAAUACCCAAAGUAUGCGAACCCGCCUACACUUACCAUGGCUAUCACUUCCUACAUUAACCGUGUCAAAGCUGCUGAUUCCGGCCCGUCCCUUGCUGAUUUGGGUAUGGAUACGCAGCAGACACCGCUUGAUAUCCGAGGAGAUGAUACCCCUGAGGCUCGUAGACCCGCAUUUGCGCUGCCAUUCUUGAAAUCAAUCUACAAGCCCCUCAGACGGCACUACGACUGGUUCCGGCGCACGCAGCGCGGGCUUAUCAAACCGUAUGCUAGGCAAGCCCGUUCGCGAACUGAGGCGUACCGAUGGAGGGGUCGCAACCUUAACCACGUUCUGACGUCAGGGAUGGAUGACUAUCCACGUAGUGCACCGCAUGCCGGGGAGCUUCACCUGGAUCUUAUGUCAUGGAUGGGCUUUUUCACACGUACAAUGAAAGAAAUCGCCGAAUUUGUUGGCGAGAUGGAUGAUGCCUUGUCGUUCGGUGAAAUCUACGAGAACAUUGUGGGAAACAUCGAUGACCUGCAUUGGAAUGAGGAGCAAGGGAUGUACUGCGACACGUCCGUAGAUGACGAAGAUGAAUCGAUGCACGUUUGUCAUCGGGGAUACUUGUCACUAUUCCCAUUCUUGCUGGAACUCGUGCCUGUGGACUCCCCUCACCUUGGCAAGAUUCUCGAUCUCGUUCGGGAUCCUGAGCAUCUAUGGUCUCCAUAUGGCCUUCGAAGCUUGUCCGCCAGCCAUCCAGAAUUUGGACAAGGAGAGAAUUACUGGAAGGGACCAAUUUGGGUGCAGAUGAACUUCUUAGCCUUGAGAGCUUUGCAUCAGGCCGGACCAUACCAGGCGCAAGCACGAGAAAUAUAUGAGGAGCUGAGGCGAAACGUGGUGGAUAAUGUUUUCAAGGAGUACCAGCGUACAGGAUAUGUAUGGGAGCAGUACGAUGCUUUGACAGGUGAAGGACGACGAAGUCAUCCGUUCACAGGCUGGACAUCAUUGGUGACAUUAAUUUUGUCUGAAAAGUACUAA